UUCAUCUCACAGCUGCCUGACUUCCUCCCAGCACAUUCCUCCACUCUGACCGUGCCUACACUGCCUUGCAGACCCAGUCCCCAGAGCCAACCGUGGCCCUAUGUAAGCCCCUCUGGUUGGGUUUUGCCGCAGUGCCAACAGGUGGCCCUGGGCUGGGGGCAAGGGGGCUCCCCAUAGGGCAUGCAGCCCUGAGACCUCAGAGGACCACCCCUGCAGGGUGGCCAGGCCCCCGGCGGCCCACCCGAGUGUCACCUCUGCCCCCAGCCCCGCCGGUCCCUGGUCCCACCGGCACCCCAGAUGCCUGGCUGAGCUCCAGCAGUAGCCUAAGCUGCCCACGCCUCCCCCUGGCCCCCAAGGUUGACACUGCAGUGGACGACCCUUUGGGCACCAGACAGCUAACUGACGCAACCGCCAGCCCAGGCCGCAGCAGCAUGGGCAGUGCCAGCCCAGGCCUGAGCAGCACGCCCCCCGGCCGCCCCCUGCUGCCCCCUGAUGUGGUGCUGCGGACAGGCCUGGAGAAGGCGGCAGUGGGGGCACUGGGGCCUGAGAGACGGGACUGGAGCCCCAGCCCACCUGCCACACCUGAGCAGGGCCUGUCCACCUUUUACCUCUCCUACUUUGACAUGCUGUACCCUGAGGACAGCAGCUGGGCAGCCAAGGGCCCGGGGGCCAGCACUCAGGAGGAGCCACCUGAGGAGCCAGAGCAGUGCCCAGUCAUUGACAGCCAGGCCCCCGGGGGCAGCCUGGACUUGGCACCAGGGGGGCUGACCCUGGAGGAACACUCACUGGAGCAGGUGCAGUCCAUGGUGGUGGGUGAGGUGCUCAAAGACAUCGAGACAGCCUGCAAGCUGCUCAACAUCACUGCAGACCCUGUGGACUGGAGCCCUGGCAACGUGCAGAAGUGGCUCCUGUGGACAGAGCACCAGUACCGGCUGCCGCCCAUGGGCAAGGCCUUCCAGGAGCUGGGGGGCAAGGAACUGUGUGCCAUGUCGGAGGAGCAGUUCCGCCAGCGCUCACCCCUGGGAGGGGACGUGCUGCACGCCCACCUGGACAUCUGGAAAUCAGCGGCCUGGAUGAAAGAGAGGACUUCACCUGGGGCGAUUCACUACUGCGCCUCCACCAGUGAGGAAGGCUGGACCGACAGCGAGGUGGACUCAUCCUGCUCUGGGCAGCCCAUCCACCUAUGGCAGUUCCUCAAGGAGCUGCUGCUCAAGCCCCACAGCUAUGGCCGCUUCAUCCGGUGGCUGAACAAGGAGAAGGGCAUCUUCAAAAUUGAGGACUCCGCCCAGGUGGCCCGGCUGUGGGGCAUCCGCAAGAACCGUCCUGCCAUGAACUAUGACAAGCUGAGUCGCUCCAUCCGCCAGUAUUACAAAAAGGGCAUCAUCCGGAAGCCGGACAUCUCCCAGCGCCUCGUCUACCAGUUCGUGCACCCCAUCUGA